GGCGGAAAGUAAGAGGCUCAUUGGGGGGUACGACUGUCCGGAUCAGGGUCCCUAGGGCUCCGCCUUGGCCAGACGCACGGAAAGAAGCAGUGCUGGGCGAGUCUGCAUCUAUCCUCGCCGCUUUCGCUGCGACCACUCUGUCUCCCAAGAAAGGCAAAUGUGUUGAAAGGGCCAUCAAAAGAUUUUUCACUGAAGCUGAACACAGCCUCUCACAACAACGCCAGCUGGCACACUGAUACAGUGAGAAGAGUGGCCAUAACAGGACAUGAGGUUUAUAUAUUUCCCUUUACUAUAAAUUCACUCUGGGGGACUGCUGCCCAAGUCUGAAUGCAAGAUUUCUAAACUUUCGAUUCUUCACGAAGAAGGAAAAGUUCCUGGAUUAUAAAACAUUUCCAAGGAAAUGCAAAGAAGGGUGGACAAGAUGGAACUUCUGUGGUGUGUAAUGAGUCUCUCUUUCUAUGGGAUCCUGCAAAGUGAUGCCUCUGAACGCUGUGACGACUGGGGACUAGACACCAUGAGGCACAUCCAAGUGUUUGAAAAUGAGCCCGCUCGCAUCAAGUGCCCACUCUUUGAACACUUCUUGAAAUAUAACUACAGCACAGCCCAUUCAGCUGGCCUUACUCUGAUCUGGUAUUGGACCAGGCAGGACCGGGACCUUGAGGAACCAAUUAACUUCCGCCUCCCUGAGAACCGCAUUAGUAAGGAGAAAGAUGUGCUCUGGUUCCGGCCCACCCUCCUGAAUGACACGGGCAACUAUACCUGCAUGUUAAGGAACACCACGUAUUGCAGCAAAGUUGCAUUUCCUCUGGAAGUCGUCCAAAAAGAUAGCUGCUUCAAGUCUCCCAUGAAAGUCCCAAUACAUAGACUGUAUAUAGAAUAUAGUGUUCAGACGAUCACUUGUCCAAACAUAGAUGGGUUUUUUCCUCCCAGUGUCAAACCAACCGUCACUUGGUAUAAGGACUGUCAAAAAGUAGAAAACUUUAAUAACGUGGUUCCUAACAACAUAAGCUUGAGUUUUUUCAUAGCCUUGGUUUCAAAUAAUGGGAAUUACACGUGUGUUGUCACAUAUCCAGAAAAUGGGCGUGAGUUCCGUCUCACCAGGACCCUGACUGUGAAGGUGGUAGGCUCUCCAAAAUAUGCAUCGCUCCCACAGAUCCAUUCACCCAAUGAUCUUGUGGUCUACGAGAAAGAACCAGGAGAGGAGCUUCUCAUUCCCUGUAAAGUCUUUUUUACUUUCCUGAAGGACUCUAACAAUGAAGUUUGGUGGACCAUUGAUGGAAAGAAGCCAGAGGACACCACUAUUGACCUAACUGUUAGUGAAAGUGUAACUAAGACUAAAAUAGAAGAUGAAACAAGAACUCAGAUUCUAAGCAUCGAGAAAGUUACUGCUGAUGAUCUCAAACGCAACUAUGUCUGUCAUGCUAAAAAUACGAAAGGGGAGGCUCACCAGCAAGCCAAGGUGAAACAGAAAGUGGUAGCUCCAAGAUACACAGUGGAGCUGGCGUGUGGUUUUGGGGUCACAGUCCUGCUGGUGGUGAUUCUCAUUGUUGUUUACCAUGUUUACUGGCUGGAGAUGGUCCUAUUUUACCGAGCACAUUUUGGAACAGACGAAACCGUUCUAGAUGGGAAGGAAUAUGAUAUUUAUGUAUCCUAUGCAAGGAAUGCUGAAGAAGAAGAAUUUGUAUUACUGACCCUCCGUGGAGUUUUGGAGAAUGAAUUUGGAUACAAGCUUUGCAUCUUUGACCGAGACAGUCUGCCUGGGGGAAAUACAGUGGAAGCAGUUUUUGACUUCAUUCAGAGGAGCCGAAGGAUGAUUGUUGUACUGAGCCCAGACUAUGUGACAGAAAAGAGCAUCAGCAUGCUGGAAUUUAAACUGGGUGUUAUGUGCCAGAAUUCCAUUGCUACCAAGCUCAUUGUGGUGGAGUAUCGUCCCCUUGAGCAUCCACACCCAGGCAUCCUGCAGCUGAAGGAGUCUGUGUCUUUUGUGAGCUGGAAGGGAGAAAAAUCCAAACAUGCUGGCUCUAAAUUCUGGAAGGCAUUGCGGUUGGCUCUUCCCCUGAGAAGCCUGAGUGCUAGCUCUGGCUGGAAUGAGAGCUGUUCUUCUCAGUCUGACAUCAGUCUGGACCAUGUUCAAAGGAGGAGAAGUCGUUUGAAAGAGCCUCCAGAACUCCAGAGCUCAGGGAGGGCUGCGGGUACCUCUCCAGCCUCAGGCACGAUGUCUAAGCACAGAGGAAAGCCUUCUGCAGCCUGUCGCUGCUGUGUCACCUACUGUGGAGGAGAGAGUCACCUUAGGAGCAAGAGCCGGGCAGAGAUCCAUACCCAGCCCCAGUGGGAGACACACCUCUGUAAGCCUGUUCCCCAAGAAUCAGAAACUCAAUGGAUACAAAAUGGUGCCAGAUUGGAAACCCCUGCUCCCCAGAUCGCAGCCCUUACUCUUCACCAUUUCACGGAUUUAUCUAAUAACAAUGACUUUUAUAUCCUAUAA